AUGGGGAAGAAAGCAAAGACAUCUAGAAAGGGAAAGAAGGCAUGGAGAGCCAACAUAAGCACAGAAGACAUUCAUGACUUCUUCGAGCAGUCAACCAAAGAUGCUCUCUCCGGUGGUUCUCUUUCCUCUGCUCCCGCCGAGUCGCUCUUCUUCGUCGACAAGUCCAAAGAUCUUUCGGUGAAGAGGAAGAUUGAAAAACAUAGACAGAAAGUACUCCAUGUUGAGAGCAUGCUACAGAAAAACCCAUUUGUACAAGCAGUGCCUUCUUCGACACUGAAGAAAUCGAAGAAAACAUUUAAAGAGGUUCCAAAGCCAAAAGAUGCGACUGAAUGUGGUCCUCAGUUUGACAUCUCUCAGGGUUCUGUCUCAACUUCGGGCAUGGCUGACUUAUGGGGUGAUAAAGGUGGUGACAACAGCAAGACCAAGAAGACGGCGAAGCCAUCACUUAUUCCUGCUGUAGAAGUUGAGCCUCCAGGAUCCUCAUUCAAUCCCACAUUUGAAAGUCACCAGGAAACAUUGGCUCAUGCUGUUGCACAAGAAAUGCACAAAGUCUAUAAAAAAGAGUUAGGACCUCAACCAGUUCCUCUAACUGUUCCUGGGGAGGCUGUUGAUGAAGAAGAAAUGUAUUUUCUCGAUGCUGAUGAAGGCACUGAUGAUGAUAUGAAUCCAGAAAAUUUGGAUGAGAAUGAGGAUGCUGCAUCUGAGAAAAGGCCUCUUAAAGCAAAGAGGGUGACAACAGUCAUGUUAAAUAAGAGAGCUAGGCGUAAAGAACAGCUUAAAAAGGAAGCAGAAGCGAAAAAGGCACAGAAGCUUUCCAAAGAAAUUGAUGGCUUACCAGAUAUUCUUCAGGAAAUAGCUAAAGAGGACGAUGAGAAGCAUAAAAGACAUAUUCGACGAGUUGUAGCCAAAAAAGAGAAACUAAAGUCAUGCCCCCCACGCUUGGGGAAGCACAAAUUCGAGCCUGCCCCAGUUCAAGUCCUCUUGACCGAAGAAAUAACUGGAUCCCUUCGGAAACUGAAGACAAGACUAGAGGAAAGUUAA